CGGCGUCGAACCCGCGCUGUAUCAGCCGGUGAUCGCGCGUCAACUUUCGACGCUUCCGUCGCGCACGUCGUCGCGACAUCGUUCUCUCUUUUUUUCUUGGUUCAUCUCCGUUUCAACGUGCCGAAAACGAUCGUCUCUAUUUCUCACUUUUUUCUCGCCCUCGACGACGACAACGACGACUACGUAUCGUCUUUGCUUUAAUGAAAGCAACGCAGUGACAAUGUCUCUCGCUAGCCGAGACGUGAACGGGACGUCGAUCGGGCAUCGGAUUUAAAGGGACGGGAUUUAAAGGAACGGGUGGGGACCACAAGGAGGAAACGACGCGGACGAUAAACCGGCAUGGACGGCGAGUGAUACGGGUGCGCGGGGGUGGAAGACUCAGCUACGUGGAUACACAGAUAGAGAGACUCUCGGGGAGACCGGACAGGAUUAAUCGUCGCGAUGUCAACACCGUGCGAUGUCCGACGCGGCGCGCGGAGCCGCGAUCCAGCGAUCCGAUCCAGUGACGUCGCGCCGCGACACAGUGCUGGUGAAUGAGGACGCGGCCAGGAACGCACGGUGGCCAGGCGGGCUUGAAAGGGCGAGCCGGAAAAAUAUGGUGCACGAGGGCACGGGUCUAUGGCACGCGGCAGGAUUCAACGCAUCGAGGUGGCUAAUGAUCAUAAUACACGGGUACCGAGCCACCACCCUCGUCCUCUACGUCCUGCUUAACGUGUUGGUGCGCACCGAAUAUCCAGCUGCGGUGACAGCGGAAAUAGUCGAUGUUAACAUGAACUCGUUGGACGGCACGACGGGAAAGCCGCUGGACGUCGAUCUGCCGCCAACCCUGCCGAUGACUUUCGGCACGGAAAAUUCAACAUCGGUUUCGGCGCAAUCGGGUUCCACCGCCAUGAUGCCUUGCGUCGUUCAUAACCUGGGAGAGGGCACGGUGUCGUGGAUCAAGCGGAAGAACGUACAGGAGUUACUGACCGUAGGACUGACGACGUACGCCAAUGACGAGCGGUUUCAGACAAGUCAUUUCCAACACAGCGAGGACUGGACUCUUCAAAUAAAAUACGUUCAACCGAGGGAUGCCGGGUUGUACGAGUGCCAAGUGUCUACUCAUCCGCCCACGAGUAUAUUCAUGCUUCUCGUGGUCGUUGAAGCCAAAGCGGAGAUAGCCGGCCCAGCGGAGAAAUUCGUGAGGCCCGGCAGUACGCUACAGCUGCACUGCCUCGUGAAGCAGUCGACCGAGGUGCCGUCGUACCUCUUCUGGUAUCAUAACUUACGUAUGAUCAACUACGACGUCGAGCAAGGCGUCAACGUGAGCACCGACCUCGCCGGCAGGGAGAGCUGGUUGGAAGUGCCAAGAGCGUCGGAUCGCCACUCUGGUAACUACACCUGCAAGGCCAGCAAUGCCCAGCCGGGCCGUGUCUUGGUGCACGUGUUCAAGGGCGACAAUCCGGCCGCCAUGCAGCACAGCAUGGCGACCUCGCCGUCGAUGAUGGCUUGCACUGCGCUGUUGACCAUGUUCGUCACGCUCAAGCUGGCGCUGCAGACGAACUGGAGCUUGUGACGUGCGUGAGUGUAAGGGACACGAGGGUUAAUCUGAGGUGUUAGCGGAAUUGUGUAAUUAUUGUCAUUAAUCGUGCUCGCGCGACUCAUACCGCGGAAAUCGUGCGCGAGUGCGCUGGAAAAAUUCGUAGCAAAACUUGAAGCGCGGUCGUAUCGUGGUGCUUCCAAUCGUGAAGAUCCAUCGUCGUUAACGAGACCGAGGACAACGCGAGGGCCGCGGGAUCGGGUGUGAUUGAUUGAUACUGCUUAUCCAGAACGACUAAACGCGCUCUCGGUGCCCGGCAGAGUGGCAUCGAAAGGUCAGUUGUGAUUAUUUGCGCCGUUGAACUGCCACUUGAUCGAUUCCGUGUUUAAUUACAGUUCGAUGUGGAGAUAUGUAACAACGUAGCAUGCUAAUACGAAGAGCGUGAGAUAAUGUCGUCGUGUGCCGAAGCCACGAGGUUGCUGACGAAUUGAUCGCUCGAUCAGUCUGUGCGUCCACUGGAACUCUCCGGUAAUCAGGCGACGUCGUUGCUCAACCGGACGAAGAACGAUAUAGCGGGGAGUAUAAUGGCUCACCUGUUCGCGUCUUCAGCCGAGCGAACCAACGACCGAGCUUCCGGCCGAAAAAGCUCAGCGCGUCGUUCUAGAAUAAAAUGCCAUCGGGUGACUUCGAGAUGGCUCGCGUAUAUCAUCCAUUCUUCCGUCGAUCGAUCGUGUUACAUUCCGUGUCACAUGUUGGAACGAGGAAUAUUAGGCCGUAAUGCACAAGCGGAUGGCGACGGCAGUGUGUCGUCGUCGGCUCAACUCCUCCACGAGAGAUCGUGUUCGACGAUCGGUCGUAUGUGUGUGCGUAUAUGUAUGCGUGUGUGCAUGUGUGACUCGCGUGCUGAAUGGGAAAAAUUUGACGUUAGCGCGGAUGUGAAGACAAACUCAUCAAUCUAGCGACUGAUAUGAGAUACAUCGACGGGUCCGUGUGACUUCGACGGCAACUUCCGUGCGCGUGAAUAUGUAACGCUGCGUGUGACUGGAGAAGUCGUUGGAGACAGGUGCCUCUCUGAUGGUUUGCGCCGCCACUUCGUCGAACAAUGCGGAUGGGUGGGUAGGUGUGCGAUUAAGUGUUAAAUUUAAACCGAUAUAGACAGAAAGAGAAAAACCAAAAAUCACGCGCACGAUGCAGAUACUCAACGAGUGCACAUCCCGGCUGCAGCUCUCCGUGAAAGUAAGUGAUUGAUAACGCGCGGAUCGGAACUGUCGGCGCCGUCGAACUUGCGUGAACAUCAGCGAUCGCCUCGACGGUGCAUUGAAACGACGACAAGAAGAGAUGAUGCGGUCGACGCGUCGUGUGUCACUCACAGGAUGCUUUGUUCGAUUCGCAGAUGUGAUGAGCACGGUGUGUGAAGGAGAAGCGGCGAAAGCGACAUCUGCUUCCGCCGCGGCCUAAAGAUACUUCAUUGGCGAGAUUUCCAAACGCUUAUCGAGAGGAAAGUCGUUCAAACGAAAGUUCGCUGUUGAAUUUUCACCCUCCACCCGAGAUAUCGACUCAAGAGAGGCACUAUGGACGGUGACGGACACGAGUGAUAGUAAUAUCUAGACUAAAUAAAGUGAGCAUGAAUUUACCAAACACUCUCUGUGUAGAAGGACGCUCGACGGCCGCACGUGCGCGCGCACACACAGACAAGCGUUGUCGCGCCCGCGCGAGAUGCGAAACUAUCGUGCCAAGAUUCUUUUGUAAUUAAACACUCGUUGAGAGUUAGUCUAAGAGACUACGGCUUAAACCGCUCGCAUCGGUAAGUAAAAAGCAUUUUUUGCAAAAUUAAUCCGAAGUUCGCGUCCGAGUAGAGAAUUUGUUUAUUCAGGCGGUACUUUUGCUUAUGAAGCGGUUAAUCGAAUAUUUGGCUGUUUUUAUAUUAAUCUUUUAAAAUCCAGUGUGCAUAAUUACGUAUAUUAACUUUUUAGUUGAUCCUUCUCAAAUUUCUUGUAUUGACAAAGUAAUGAUUCGAUUGAUAUAAUGCUAUUAAUUUAUCCCACGUAGAAUAAUAUUUUUUAUCUCCAACUUGUGAAAUAAUAAUUGUUUUGCUGAAAAGAAAAAUAGCGAUCGUGCGCAGAGCAGAAUCAUUAACGCUUGAAAUUGUGUAAAGCUUUUCACAAGAAAAAGUAAGCAAAUCUUAUUUUUUCAAUUUUUUAUACAUGUUAUCUUAACGUAAAAAGUUUGCGCUUUUAUGUUCUUUAUUAUAGUUGCGAGAUUUAUUAAAUUUUGUAGGGGUAGAAUAUAUACAUGCAAAUAUGUGAAUAUAAAAAGAAAUAUUUUGGUUUCUUUCAAAAAUAUCUUUAUUUCUGAUAUGUGAAUUUUAAAAUGAAGUUACACAGCGUUAAAUGAAGAUAAAUUACUUCUAUCAAUACAUAUUAUACGAUUCAACAAAGAAAAAUAUAUUCUUAUUAUUCAAAAAUAAUUUUCACGUAUAAGAAGCACAAAAUUUUGGAUUAAAAAUAUAACGUUUCUAAAUAUUGGAAGAAAAUGUCAUUAUUAUUAAAAUAA